AUGAAUUUGAGCCAACACGAGCAGUGGCAUACACGGGAGUAUCACCGAUGCGUGUACGAGAGGGCGUUGGACCGGUAUGAGGACCGCCCCGACGACACUAACCUGGUGUACGAACUCGUUUGGGCCUUCACCGAGGCGGAGGCGCAUCCCAUGCCUGAGGGGGGAAUCCCUCUCGCGGCGUUCCCACUGGAUUGUUACGACCUCCUCGUGGCACUCCCCGAAGGAGCACUGUCGUCGCUACCCCGUACUGCCCUAGCUAUCGCGAUCGGGUGGACCCGGGAGUUGUUGAAGAAACUUGCCUUGGAACGUGAGCAGUCAGUGUUAAUGUUCGAGGAGGGCGAUGGGGAGUCGGGGUCACGGAUGGUCGUAUACUUCGGUGGCAAUCGGUUUUUUAGUUUUGCUACUUUAUUGGAGGCCCUGGGGUUCUUGUUCGAGCAUUGGAGGGUAGAACCGCGCGAGGAAGAACGCGACCGAGAUCAUUUCGGUGUGCAAGUUCUCCGUACGAAUCUGCGGUGGGAAUAUGAACAGGCGGGUGGUCAUGAAUCGGGAAUCCAACGUGGGUGGGACUGGCUUGGGAACGUGUAA